AGGUUACUUGGCAUUCUGGGACACAAACAGUGGUCUGUAUGAAUAGCUUCAACAUCGACAGCAUCCACUCAGGAGAGAGGACGACGAGUGAAACAGCAACAGCAGCUAGCCUGGAGACAAAGAGCAAACUGGGCUUUCACAUCCGGCUUGUGAGUCCUGUUUGUCGCUCUGGUGUCCGGGAGAGGCGGCUCUGAAAGGCCGGUGGCGGUGGUUUUAGUCUCGAGAUUGCACUGUUGGACUUUAUCCUCGCAGAGAGCUAGUUAGCUAACGGCGGAGAGUAAGUUAGCCACGCAGUGAUUUGUGCUGGUGAGUUAUCGCUAAAACUGGAUGUGAAUGCUGGGGGAGUCCUGAAAGUUGAUGUGGAUAGCACAGGCUCUCCCCUUGUCAUGCAGACCCAUCUUUGUCGUGUCCCUCCGGCCGCUGACUCAACCUUGUCCUGAGCGAAGUGAUAACAACUCUGAAGAUGGCGAGUGCUUUAGACAGCGACUACAAAACUGACAACAUCAAGUCACUGCGCUGGCACGCUACACAGCUGGUGUACCCGAGAUAAACUGCUAACACGGGUUAAGUUGGGCAGUUAAUGUAAUGGCAAAAGGUUACCUGUAUGCCUUACUAUGCCAGUGCAGUAACAGCACCAGAGCAAUGGACUACUACUUAUGCUGAAGCCAUCGUCUGCGAAGUUUGUGAUUACUUGUCUCUGUUGAGAUGGACUUUGACUGUGUUUAGACGCUUUCUAGGAGCCUGUAACAUAACAGCUGCUUCCAGGUCAAUCUGAGCUCCACUGCUGGUCCCCAGAGGCUGUUUGAGGACCGACAUGUCAAUGUCAGGGGCUACGACCGUGCAGCUUUUCACCAAGCUUGUAAAGCACGCAGUGGGCAAGACGCAGAUCCAGCUGAACCGCUGGCUGCAGAAGACCUCCACGGAUGAGUGUGACAAAAUCGACAUCCUAAUAUGCAACGCUUUUGAUGAGAGGGGGACUGGCUUGGGGAAGUCGGAUGGUGUUCCCGAGGCCAGCGUUGACGCAGGGGGGACGACCUUCACCGGUGGUGCAGAGUUCAGACACCCGUGUUGUAUCACCACCUUCUGUUUUAAAAGCGCCCUGCUGGCGUGCAUCCUCACUGCUGUGUGCUUCUCCUCGGUGGCUCUGGUACGCCAAUACCUCAAGGACCUCCUGCUCUGGGUGGAGAGUUUGGACAGCUUUGUUGGAGCCAUGCUCUUUAUAGUUGGUUUGAUUAUCGUGUCCUUUCCAUGUGGAUGGGGAUAUAUUGUUCUUAACGUGGCUGCUGGCUACCUCUACGGCUUUGUGCUGGGCAUGGGACUAGUUAUGGUGGGGGUUCUAAUAGGGACCUUUGUGGCACACGUGGUGUGCAAACGACUGUUGACUGACUGGGUGCUGAACAAAGUUGGAAACAACGAACAGCUCAGUGCCGUCAUACGCGUGGUGGAAGGAGGAAGUGGACUCAAAAUUGUGGCCUUAGCAAGACUCACCCCCAUACCUUUUGGACUCCAAAAUGCAGUUUUCUCGAUCACAGAUGUGUCCUUGCCAAACUACCUGGUGGCCUCCUCUGUGGGCCUGUUGCCCACACAGCUUCUAAACUCCUACCUGGGCACCACACUUCGUACUAUGGAGGAUGUCAUCGCUGAGCAAAGCGUCAGCGGCUACUUCGUUUUCAGCCUGCAGAUCAUCAUCAGCAUCGGCCUGAUGUUCUACGUCGUGCAUCGGGCUCAGGUAGAGCUCAACGCAGCCAUCGCUGCCUGCCAGAUGGAGCUGAAGUCGUCGCACAUGAACGGCUCCUCCACCAAUCACAGCAGCUUCACCUACUGCAGCAAGAGGGUGACAGCUGGAAGCGGAAACUGCAUCAACAUCGUGUGAUCUCGAAUCGCCGCACGUGGCUGUAGCAGCCUAGACCUGGUCACUCAAUUGUAACGCACGUAUCCUUGAGGGAACCAGCACAGUUCAGCUGGUGUCCCAAACACGCCGGCGGCACGGUAACGUACUGCAGCGAUCGUCCCGGCAUCAGUGUACGCCUGUAGUCGGUGUGGAAGUGCGGGACCACGCGCCUGAUAAUGGUGCUGAUGAACGUGGUACGUCAUAAUGGUAGUUUAUUUGUUUUCUGUUAAUGGUACUUUUUCACAUUUGUUACAUGAGAUGUCUGCAGAAAUGUGACGAUCUCAUGGCAACCUGCGAAAUAGUCACGAUAUUUAAUCCUUUUUUUUGUGCUCAUCUAGAACUUCAACUUACAAAGUCCACACUGGGAGGCGGGAGAUGGUGGCAGUGGCAUGAGUUAAUCAUACACUUAUUGAGACUGUAGUUUGAAUGCUGGGCAGGAGUAGAGCUUUCAGACUCUGUUUUAUUACCUUUACACUUAAGAUGUUUGCUUGCUUUUACUGCGGUUUGGCACCAAAAGCACUAACAAAAUAGUAGUUUGGGUUAAAAUGCAAAGUUUGUUUUCUACAUGAUCUAACGUGACUGUUUCACUUUUGCCAUGAGAGUGGGCAAAAAUAUGGCGGGUAGCACAGUGAGCGAGUUUUAAAGUACAUGGCAGGAAAUGAAAUGCCUGCUUUUUUUUUCUGAAUGUGCAGGUCCUUUCAAAGGAACCGAUUUUACUUUUGAUUUCAGUGUCAAAAGAACACCAGCCUAUGCACCUUUAAGUAUACCUGUUUCUAUUUUAUUUCAGGUGAUUGAUUUUGCUUAUUUGCAGUAUGAGUAAUAAAGGGCAUUAUUAAUAUUUUUGAAUUAUUUGGCAUUUUAAUUAUGGUUCCCUUUUUUUAAGUGUCUUAUUUUUGGACUAUGGAGAAGGCGGGAACACUCCCAGUGCGCGUAGGCUUUCAGUUUGAGCACCUCCUGCAGGUUUGAGAGGAGAGCCGGGAACUUUAUAAUCCAAUAUGUUUAACUCAGAGCCACACACCCUGCGAGCGAUUCCCGCAUCAUUGGUGAUCCAUUUAGAUUUUUCAUUAAUGUUCGUUUUACUUUUGUUUUUGUUUUUGCUGUGAGAUUUUUCUUUUUCUGGAGAAUUAUAGAGGUUUUUUUUUUCUCUCUUUUCUUUAAAAUGGUUGAUUUGAUAAAUCAGUGCAAUACAUCUAAGAACGAAACUGCAAGAAUGUCACAUUUCAGUGCUGAAACCAAACUAAUAAGAAAUGCUGUCAUGCAUACGACAUAACACAAACCCAAGUCUGUGUGUUAUUUGGGGUUUAUCUUACUUAGAUUACAGAGAUGUGAGCUCGAUGAGA